AUGAAAACGCCGGAGCAUUUGUCAAUCCAACUUACUCAAAGGAGAUGCCCCCCAACAUACUCAAUCGAUUCUUUAAGUCCAUGUAAUCUUAUGAACAUCAAUAGAAGUCCAGUUUCUCAUUCCAGAAUGCCCCCUGAAAAAAAGAAGAAGAAAGACUUGCCCAUAAGGACCGUCCUAAGGGAGGUGCAGGGCGGCAACCAAAAGCGUCCUUCAGGAGACAUAUUUCAUAAGAAGCGUACUUCAAAAGACACAAGGUGUGCCAAGAAUUCCCUAAGGAGGUAUCCAGGUUCCUAUCCAUUUUCUAAGGGAGGCAGGAUAGUCAUAAAGCGUCAUUCGAGGCUUGCAGCCCGUAAAAAGCGUCCUUCGGGAGACGCAGGGUUUGCCAGGAUUGUCCUAAGGGAGUUGCCCAUAAGCAACGUCCUUAGGCAGACGCAGCCCACAAGAAGCUUCCUUCUGGAAAUGCAGGGUGCGCUUGGAAUUUCCUAA